GAAGCAGGAUCCGUCCAGCUGUGUUGACUUCCGCCUCAGAGCCGAGCGAGAGACAUCCUCAUUCAGGACGCGUCACUGUGAUCAGGUUCAGAUCAGACACAGUCACCGGGAUUAUUAACACAGAGACGCGGUUCUUCCAAACAGGAAUCGACAAAAGCAAGAUCUCUUGAGCUUCUCUUUUCCCUUUUCCUGCUUUCUGGAACGCUCUGCUGUACUCCUGGAUAAAGGAGAAGCCGUUUUCCUACAGCUCUUCCAGCAAGAGAAGCAGAGAGCAGUCAGAGCAGAGGACAGUGGACUCAAUGAGGGAGCCAGAGAGGGAGGAGCAGCUCGACCCCAGCAUGCCCCCCAAAUUCAAACGGCAUCUGAAUGAUGAGGAGGUCACCGGCUCGAUUCGCAGUGAGCGGAGGAAUCUACUGGAGGAAGACUCAGAUGAAGAGGAGGACUUUUUCCUGAGAGGACCAACAGGACCAAGAUUUGGAGGUCAAAAUGACAAAAUUAGGCAGGUGCAGUCUCAAGUUGACGAGGUCAUUGACGUCAUGCAGGAGAACAUCUCCAAAGUGAUAGAACGUGGGGAACGUCUGGAUGAGUUGCAGGAUAAGUCUGAAAGCCUAUCGGACAAUGCGUCAGCGUUCAGCAGUAGAGCAAAGCAUCUCCAUAGAAGGAUGUGGUGGAGAGACAUGAAGAUGAAAAUGAUUGUAGCGUUGGUAGUGGUCAUCCUUCUCCUUAUCAUAAUCAUUCCUGUGAUCUUGCGGUAUAAAUAGUGUCUGGCCGGGAGGUUAGAGGCAUAAUGUAUUCAUCCUCCCUCCUCUCCCUCAUCUUUCUGCUGUCAUUCCUCCGUACCAGAGGGGGCGCUGCACAGGGUUGGGCUGCCCACUGUUUUUGCCUAUUUUGGCAGGGCCUGGAAACAUAACAAACAGGGGCAGAGUUUAUUUUGUGCGUCAAGCAACAUAUCAAGCUCUCGCAACGAAGGCACAACACAGGUGCAGACCAAUCUCUUGUAUGCGCACAAACACAGUGGUUAUUUUGUUGUAUAUGCAUUCAGUAAGACAAAUUAAAGAUUUACUAUACACAGAGAAAAAAUUUUAGCCCAGCAUUCUGGUAGUACUUUGAUGUCCUCUUUAUAGUUGAUUAUACGUUAGAGCCGUUCUGCUUACACCAUGGUGCGCACGUACAUUUAACAAUUGCAGGGUCUAAUUCCCACAUAGGUAGGUCUAUAAAAAAUACUGUCUUCUCAGGUGGGCGGGGCCAAAUAGGAAACCUGAUGAUGUCACGCUGCAUCAUGGCUGUGAUCUCACCGUCUGUCUGUAUAACUUCUGUAAGUUUUAACAUGGACAAAACAUUGGGUGUAAUAAAAGUUAAUCUGAAAGGCAACAAGUAAUGUUACUUAAUAUUUGCUGCUAUUACCUGCUUACAUUGUUUUUUUUUUUUCAUUUUUGGCAACAAAGUUUUAAUUGAUUGUGGUUAAUUGUGUUGAGUUCAUAUUAUUUUAAUAUGAAGGCAUUAUUUCCAGCUUUUUUUCACAGCUCACCAUGCUUGUAAAAUGGUUUAUGUAAAAAUUGUAGUUAUCUUCACUGGUGUAAUUUUAACAGCUUGUUAUUGGUCAGUAAUGUAAUAGUUGUGUGAUGAUGAUUUGGUUGACUUACUGAAGGUAACCUGAACCCAUCUGUAAACUUUAAUCCAUAUUGUUUUAAUGACUCUUGUUUUUUUUGUUAUUUAUUUGUAAAUAUCUAUUCCCAAUGUAAGUCAUCAUUGACUUCCCAUUGGGAGACUGUGAAAUAAUCUUGCAUUUGAAAUAAAGUGAUUUUAAAGGGCA